AUGAUCGAAAAAGGUGUCAGCCAGAUGCCAUGAAAAUGUGAAAGAAUGUUCAGCUGAGCACCAAAUGCAUGUAAGGAAGGUUCUUAUUAUCUUUAGCUGCAUGCACUCUCAGAUAUAUUUAACACUCCUACUCGACUCUACAGGCCAAUGGACAUUGUUUCUGUUAUUUUAAUCAGUGCCAAUUUCCUAUUUUUCUUUUCUAAAUACUCAAAAGCAACUGAUACGAUUGUUUUGUCUCAGUCUCUAGUUGAUUCCAACAAUAGCAUCUUGGUUUCGAACAAUGGAAUGUUUGAAUUUGGUUUUUUUAGUCCUGGAACUUCCAGCAAUCGUUAUAUUGGAAUCUGGUACAAGAUUGAUCCUGCAACUGUUGUUUGGGUUGCAAACAGGCUCAAUCCAAUAAAUGACUCUUCAGGAAUUUCUGCAACUGUUGUUUGGGUUGCAAACAGGCUCAAUCCAAUAAAUGACUCUUCAGGAAUUUUUAUUCUAGAUAAUACAGGAAAUCUCACACUUGUUAGUAAGAACAAGAGUGUUAUUUGGUCAUCAAAUUUAGAGAAAAUAGUGCAGAAUCCAGUAGCACAGCUUCUUGAUUCAGGUAAUUUAGUCAUCAGGGAUGACAAGGAUAGCUAUGCUGAAAGAUUUUUGUGGCAAAGUUUUGACUAUCCUUCUGAUACAUUACUUCCAGGAAUGAAGCUUGGAUGGGACGUAGAGACCGGACUAAAUCGGCGUCUAUCAGCCUGGAAGAACUUGAAUGAUCCUUCUCCUGGAGACUUCACUUGGGGAAUAGUGUUAAGUGGUAAUCCUGAAGGAUUUUUAUGGAAAGGCUCGAAAAAAUAUUAUCGAAGCAGUCCAUGGAAUGGUAUUGGAAAUAGUGGUUCACCGAACUUGAAAGAAAAUCAGCUUUAUGAGUUCAGUUUUAUCUCUAAUGAAAAAGAGGUGUACUAUACUUAUAACCAGAAAAACAGAUCUUUCAUGCAAAGGAUUGUUUUGAACCAAACAAGUUAUUUGCGUGAAAGAUACACUUGGAACGAAGAAACUCGAACUUGGCGUAGGUGGUCCUUUGUGCCAAGAGACAUUUGUGAUGGAUAUGGGCUAUGUGGUCCUUAUGGAAAUUGUAUCAGUACUGAGUCACCAGUUUGUCAAUGUUUAAAAGGGUUUGUCCCUGCUUCACCUGAAAAUUGGAAUUCUGCAGAUUGGUCUCAUGGGUGUGUGAGAAAUAAUCCAUUGAAAUGCCAUAAUGGAGAAGGAUUCGUUAACUUUGUUGGCUUGAAAUUGCCUGAUACUACUAGUUCGUGGGUGAAUAGAAGUAUGAAUCUUAAGGAAUGUAGGGCUAAAUGCUUACAGAACUGUUCAUGCAUAGCUUACACUACUUUCGAUGUAAGAGCAAAAGGCAGUGGCUGUGCUAUUUGGUUUGGUGAUCUGAAUGAUAUGAGAACUUCUAAAUCAGGGCAGGAUCUAUAUGUUCGCAUGUCUGCUUCAGAUUUAGAGAAAAACAUUGAGCCUAAGAAGAAAAUACUGAUGAUAGUUGCAAUUGUCGUCACCUUGUGUUUUGGCAUGCUUAUCAUUUGCUACUGCGUUCGCAAAAGCAAAGCAAGAUUAAAAGUUAUUGCCGGUAUCUCCACAAUAACUAAUUCCACCAACAAUUUUUCUAAUGAUAACAAGCUAGGGGAAGGUGGUUUUGGGCCAGUUUACAAGGGUACAUUAAUGGAUGGGCAGGAGAUAGCUGUAAAGAGGUUAUCAAAGAAUUCUGGACAAGGGUUGCAAGAAUUCAAAAAUGAAGUAAUUCUUAUAGCUAAGCUUCAACAUCGAAAUCUUGUAAAGCUUCUUGGUUGUUGCAUUCAAGGAGAUGAGAAGAUUCUGAUUUAUGAAUACAUGCCAAAUAAAAGCCUUGACAAUAUCAUUUUUGAUCAAAGGAAAGGUGACCUACUUGAUUGGUCCAAGCGUUUCAACAUUAUUUGUGGGAUUGCACGAGGACUUCUUUAUCUUCAUCAGGAUUCUAGAUUGCGAAUUAUACAUAGAGAUCUCAAAGCAAGUAACGUUUUACUGGACAAGGAUAUGAAUCCCAAAAUCUCAGAUUUUGGCAUGGCUAGAACAUUUGGAGGAGAUCAAACUGAAGGAAAUACAAAUCGAGUGGUUGGCACUUAUGGCUACAUGGCCCCAGAAUAUGCUACUGAUGGGCUAUUCUCAGUGAAAUCUGAUGUUUUUAGCUUUGGUGUUUUACUGCUUGAGAUAAUAAGUGGGAAGAAAAGUAGAGGAUUUUAUCAUCCAAGCCGCGGUCUUAACCUUAUAGGGCAUGCAUGGAAAUUAUGGAAAGAAGACAAGCGUUAAGAUAACUGAAUGAAAUAGUGAAUUUAGGAGAGUCUUUGUAAAUCUAAACCGAAGGUGAUUCGUUGCAUUCAGAUUAGUCUCUUGUGCUGUCCCCAACAGCAUCCUGAGGAAAGACCAGUGUAAGCAUCUGUUGUUUUGAUGUUAGGGGAGUGAGAAAUGCUUUUGCCUCAGCCUAAGCAACCUGUUAUUUAAGACAGAGGUCCUGCUGAAUUCAGAUCCUACACCAGGAAAGCAGGAAAGCAGGAUUCAUCUUCAACUAAUGAAAUGACCAUCUCAUUGUUGGAGCCUCGCUAAAUAACUAACUAGUUAGUUUUGCGCUCUUCCAAUUAAUAUAUAAAGCAAUGAUAAUAGCUUCUGGAUUUUGUCCUGUUCUAAUAUAAUAGCCAUGUACUUUUUUCUUUCCA